AUGUACGAUAAUAAUACACCCGCUGACCCAUAUGCGGAUUCAUCGUACCCCCCGCCUGACUCCCGUAAUGGCAGUGGGCGUGGACGUGACCGCUCUCGCAGCGCUAGCCCCGCACCCCGUGCUCGCAGUCCCCCUCGUAGACGCUCGCCUCCUCCCCGCCCUCGUGGAAUUCCCAAUGCCCAACCGUCUAGUGUACUUGGCGUUUUUGGCCUGAGCAUUCGCACUCAAGAACGUGAUCUCGAUGAAGAGUUUAGCAGAUACGGCAAAGUAGAAAAGGUUACGAUUGUUUAUGACCAGAGGUCGGACCGCUCCCGUGGUUUCGGCUUCAUUAAAAUGUCCACCACUGACGAAGCUGCCCGAUGCAUCGCCGAACUUAAUGGUCUCGAUCUCAACGGUCGACGAAUUCGUGUUGACUACUCAACUACGGACCGCCCCCAUGCCCCAACUCCUGGCGAGUACAUGGGUCAUCGCCGCCCCGAGUAUGAAGAUAGGCGCCGCCGCGAUGACCGCGACGGUCAUCAUGGGCGUGAUUGGAAAGAUCGUCGCGACCAUCGAGACCGCGACCGUGAGCGUGACGAGACCGUGAAUACCGCGAUCGUGAUCGUGAACGUGACCGCGAGCACCGAGACCGCGACCGCGAUCGAGACUACAGGGACAAGGAAAGGGAUAGGCGCUCGCCUGCAAGGCGUUCGCCCUCCCCACUUCUCGCCGUGGUAG